AUGAGACUAAAUGAUGAAGAAAUAACAUUCAAUGUGCAGAAGUCUAUGCGGCGACCCAGUGAGUUUGCUAACUACUAUCUGAUUGAAGUUGUGGAUGUGAUUCUGGAGGAGGAUGAUGAGACACUAAAUGCAAAAGACCCUCUAGCAGCCUGUCUGAUGAACUUAGAAGAGAUAAAUGAAAGAAAGACCUCUCCUGCUAAGCCAUCAAUUGAAGAGCCACCACAAUUGGAGCUAAAACCAUUACCGUUACCUCAGGUAGAACAACUUUUGCAGGUUCUGAAGGAGUGCAAUACUGCAAUUGGGUGGACCAUUGCAGACAUAAAGGAUCACUCAUUUGUGUUUUCUGAUGACUGCAUGGUAGCUUUUGAGGAAUUGAAAAGGAGGCUAGUGACUGCACCAAUCAUAGUGGCACUUGACUGGGAGCAAAUUUUUGAGUUGAUGUGUGAUGCAAGAGACUAUGUUGUGGGAGCAGUUCUUGGGCAGCGAAAAGAUAAACUCAUGCAUCCAAUCUACUAUGAAAAUAAAACCUUGAGUGGUGCCCAACUAAAUUACACAUUGACCAAGAAAGAGAUGUUAGCAGUGGUGUUCGCAUUUGACAAAUUCAGGUCAUACAUGAUAGACUCGAAGGUGAUAUUGGUGCAAAAAUUUGACUUUGAAAUCCAUGACCGAAAGGGAACGGAGAACCAAGUAGCUGAUCACUUGUCUAGGCUGGAAGGGGAAGAGAAGAAGGUUAAGGUGGAAGAGAUUAUGGAGACAUUCCCGGAUGAACAACUAUUAGCAACGAGCCUUGAGGUAGCGCCUGGCGAGCGCUCAUAUGGAAACAAGUACAUACUUGUACCUGUAGACUAUAUGUCAAAAUGGGUGGAAACUGUGGAACUCCCUACAAAUGAUGCAAUGGGAGUCAUUAGUUUUUUGAGAAAGAAUAUAUUCACCCAGUUUGGCACUCCAAGGAUAAUAAUAAGUGAUGGAGGCACUCACUUCUGCAACCGAGCUUUCGUAAAACUGUUAGAAAAAUAUAAUGUUCACCACAAGGUUGCCACUCCAUAUCAUCCACAAACAAGCGGGCAUGUGGAAGUGUCGAAUAGAGACAUAAAGAGUGUGUUGACAAAGAUUGUGAAUGCUACAAGAACAGAUUGGACGAAAAAGUUAGACGAUGCACUCUAG